AUGUCGACAUGGCCAUCGUUCAUGGCUUGGCGCGGUGAGAUGUCGGCGGCGGAGGCCAGCUAUGACAUUGAGCGGGUGAUUCUCUUGUUGGAUCUCGACGCUACAUUCCUUGCAUCGUGCUACGAAGACAUUCUGUCGCAUGUGCUUGCAGCAGUGGCGCCUGCGUGGUUCACCUCGGCUCAACUGGCGCAUUCACAAGCAAGCAAUCCAGUACUUGCGGCUGUGGACGCCCUCUUGAAUGUGAAGACUGCCCUACGUCUUGCAGCUCACCACCCUCAUCCAAUCCGAACCUUUUUUCUUGCAUUGACGGCAUGUCAGAGUACAUGGGACGACGUAUCAUGUCGCCUAGCGGGCCGUGCGCUCGUAGGGUUUUUAGGAGCCGCCGGCACGUCCGCCCUUUUCACGGAGCUCUUGCGCACCGCGUCCAACGAAGCCGCCAUCGACGUCGUGAUCACCCUCGUCGGCGCCGUUCCAGUCAAAAUGCACAAUUUGCUUCACCACGACACCCCAUCCUGUUUCACGCCUUCCACCUACUACUCAAACCUUAUCCAAGGAUUUCUGCAUGCGCUUGACUCGAUUCCCACAAGCGACAAGCAGCCAAUUCUCGUGCGCGGCUUUCUCGUCAAGGUAUCGCGGCAAGGCCAUAUGUCGACAUUUGUCCAAGAAUGGCUUUCACGUCCAUCGCACUCCCACGACGACGACAGGUCCUUGGCCAAGGCCAUUCCGUCUAUUUGCUACCCGUCAUUUAUCCCUUCUGUCCUCUCCCAUCUCAACACGGCAACGCCAGCAAUAGCUCCAACGUGGCUACAAGUUCUGGUGCCCCAUCCAGUGUGCCAAUAUGAACUGACCAAACUCGUGCUGCACACUCCGCUGCAUGUGCCCACGCAUGCGAUGCUGGUCCGUCUGCUGUGGUCAUCGGACGCCUCGUCGUUUGAUCAUGUGUUUCACAGUGUGGUGCUGGCGUGGGCUACACGGGAUAACAGUGUCACAGAAACCAACCGCAGCGUCAGCAUCGGCCGCUUCCUCACUGCCGGACUGUUACAUGUCUUGCAAGCAACUACUAGUACGUCCAAGUCGUACUUGGACCAGCACGGGUGGACGGCGUACUUGUGCAAAGGCAUCCAAGAGCACAUGGGGCAUGCGUUGAUGGAAGUCCGCCAUACAGGCAUGCGCGUGGCCACCGCCUUGUCCCACAUCUUAUCCCCCGAAUCUCCGCUGGUUUUCGACGAUUUACCCCCUGACGACGAAGAAGCCAAGGACAACGAUAACGUCAUCGUGUCUUGCAUCAAAACCACUGGUGGAAUCGACGGCGGCAAAUUGAAUCUCGCCGACAAAAGUCUAAACCAUGUCAAUGAGAUCGAACAAGUCACAAUUGAUGAAAAUCUGGACGCCCUGGUGCAAAGUGACAGCGACGACGAAAGCGGCGGCGGCGAUUCCGUUGUUAGCUUGGACGCGUACGAGGACCUGAGUGACAACGAUGACGAUGACAAAGGCAACCAAGUUGUAUCGUCGAGUGAUGCUGAAAUGAUCAUCGACCAAGUGCUGCAGAACCGAGCGCCGCUCGUGUAUUUGUGGCAGGUCAAGGAAGGUCUGGUCAUGGAGGACAAUCGGGAUGUGACGGAGGUGGCGCUGGCCUCGCUGCCGCGGGUCAUUGCUCGGCAGCCCCACGAUUUGCACCACAUGGCGGGGGAAAUCACCACGGUGCUACUCCGUCUGGACGAUUCGUUUCAAACGUUGCAUUUUGAAGCACUUCGACGCCAGUCGUUGGUCGGGUUGUGUGUGCACGUACCGGACGUAGUCACACCGUUACUGUGCGACUACAUUUACGACAACCAGCGAUUGUUCCAGACUAAAUUGGCCAUUUUAAGUGCCAUUGGAGACGCUGCGACGGCGAUCCCGUCCUCUCGAUCUAUCCUCCCCCCUUCUCGGCCAACUUGGAUGAAUUCCGGUGGCCAGUCAUUUUGGCCGGCGCAGUUCUUCUUUCCGCUUCUGAAUCCCCUUCAAGCCAAGUUGAUGCUGCAUGCUACACGACCCCAAACUCGACUUUUAAAGCCACAAGCUUCUCCAUCGUGGGGAGAAGAUACUGGACAGAGGCAUGUGCUGGACGACCUAUUGAUGGCGCAUGUGCUGCACACGCUGGCCCGGGUUCUCGAAGCGACGGGGAAAAAUUCCCCGCACGUGGUAUCGAUGGGGAAGCGGUUUCUAGAGUUGUUGUGGUCUCAACGCAGCCACGCCCUGCCUAGCGUGCGCCGCCAGGUGUUUUUUGGCUUGAGCCGAGUGAUGCUGGUACUGCCUUCGUUUGUGUGGCAGGAAGAAGUGGACCGAUUGAACCUGGGGCCACAUCUGGUGCCGUUCCUGCAAUACCACAAGGACAUGGACCCUGACGGAGGCUGCCGCACCGCCGCCAACCUGCUCCUUACAACCAUCUCGCAAGGAUAAUACAGUAUGCUAUUAUAGUUGAGAGACUAGGAGAUGGGAAAUAACAAAGUGGAAUCAAAACAAUUCAGAAAAUACAGAAAAGGAUUAAUUGCUGCAACAUCUUGGCAAAAUUAAAUACUUGGAAUUUUUAAUAUAUCA